CUCUCUCUCACUCUAUUUUUUGCUCGCUUGCCCGCUCUGCCGUGUGUGUGAGGCUUACCUUGGUUGGUGGGUGUCAGCCUGGCCCCCUUCCCCCUCCCCGCUCCCUCUACCACACACUGACACACACAUACGCUCUCACACGCACGAGCUCGUUGCUCAGUAGCGGCGCUAGGGAGGGACAGGCGAGCACUCGGCGGCCCAGAUCCGCAGCGCUGCCGGUGCAAGGAGCCCUAACGACUGCGGCAGUGCGCUGCCCUCGACAGACAGCCGUCCGCUCCCUCCGUCGUUCUCGUCCUCUCGACCGCCGGCUGACGGUUCGAACACAAACGCACCAUGGCUCACGCGGCCGCGCACAUUAAGAAGGCCCGGGUGGAGAUGGAGCAGCAGGCGGCGCCCGAGGUCAAGGCACUGGAGAAGGCCCACGAGAGGAGGCGCCGCUCCAGGGAGAGGGCUGAACGCAGGCGCAAGUCUGAUAGCAACACCAGCUUCCUGCGGGCGGCGCGGGCUGGAAACAUUGACAAGGUGCUGGAGUACCUGAAGGGGGGCGUAGACAUCAGCACCUGCAACCAGAACGGGCUCAAUGCGCUGCACCUGGCCGCCAAGGAGGGACACGUGGACCUGGUCCAGGAGCUGCUGGACAGAGGCGCCACCGUGGAUUCAUCCACAAAGAAAGGAAACACGGCCCUGCACAUCGCAUCUCUGGCGGGACAGGGAGACGUGGUCAAGAUCCUGGUGAAGCGCGGUGCUGAUAUCAAUGCCCAAUCACAGAAUGGCUUCACCCCGCUGUACAUGGCCGCCCAGGAGAACCACCUGGACGUGGUGCGGUACCUGCUGGAGAAUGGCGGUAACCAGAGCACGGCCACUGAGGACGGCUUCACCCCGCUGGCCAUCGCCCUGCAGCAGGGCCACAACCAGGUGGUGUCCAUCCUGCUGGAGAACGACACCAAGGGCAAGGUGCGCCUGCCCGCCCUGCACAUCGCCGCCCGCAAGGACGACACCAAGUCUGCCGCUCUGCUGCUGCAGAACGACCACAAUGCCGACGUCCAGUCCAAGAUGAUGGUCAAUAGGACGACCGAGAACGGAAAGAGCGGGUUCACCCCACUGCACAUUGCGGCGCACUACGGCAACGUGAACGUGGCCACGCUCCUGCUGAACCGCGGCGCCGCCGUCGACUUCACGGCACGGAAUGGGAUCACCCCGUUGCAUGUGGCUUCCAAGCGCGGAAAUGCCAACAUGGUGCGCCUCCUGCUGGACCGAGGGUCCCAGAUUGAUGCCAAGACCCGGGAUGGCCUCACGCCACUGCACUGCGCGGCUCGGAGCGGGCACGAUCCGGCCGUUGAGCUGCUGUUGGAGAGGGGGGCGCCCAUGCUGGCCAGAACCAAGAACGGACUGUCGCCCCUUCACAUGGCGGCCCAGGGAGACCACGUCGAGUGCGUCAAGCACCUGCUGCAGCACAAGGCGCCCGUCGACGACGUCACGCUGGACUACCUGACAGCGCUGCAUGUCGCGGCCCACUGCGGCCACUACAGGGUCACCAAACUGCUGCUGGACAAGCGGGCGAACCCCAACGCCCGUGCGCUGAACGGGUUCACUCCGUUGCACAUCGCCUGCAAAAAAAACAGGGUGAAGGUCAUGGAGCUGCUUGUGAAGUAUGGUGCCUCCAUCCAGGCCAUCACAGAAUCGGGCCUCACCCCAAUCCACGUAGCGGCGUUCAUGGGUCACCUCAACAUAGUGCUGCUGCUGCUGCAGAACGGUGCCUCGCCUGAUGUCAGCAACAUUCGUGGGGAGACAGCGCUGCACAUGGCGGCUCGAGCUGGACAGGUGGAGGUGGUGAGGUGUCUCCUGAGGAACGGAGCGCUAGUGGACGCAAGAGCCAGGGAGGACCAGACCCCGCUGCACAUUGCGUCUCGCCUGGGCAAGACAGAGAUCGUGCAGCUCCUGCUGCAGCACAUGGCCCACCCGGACGCGGCCACCACCAACGGCUACACCCCGCUGCACAUCUCCGCCCGCGAGGGCCAGGUGGACGUGGCGGCCGUGCUGCUGGAGGCCGGGGCCUCCCACUCGCUCGCCACCAAGAAAGGAUUCACUCCGCUCCAUGUAGCAGCAAAGUACGGAAGCCUGGAUGUGGCGAAGCUCCUCCUGCAGAGAAGAGCUCCUCCAGACUCUGCUGGCAAGAACGGCCUCACGCCCCUCCAUGUCGCUGCUCACUAUGAUAACCAGAAGGUGGCGCUGCUCCUUUUGGACAAAGGGGCCUCUCCCCAUGGCACAGCCAAGAAUGGAUACACUCCGCUGCACAUUGCGGCCAAGAAGAACCAGAUGGACAUCGCCACCACGCUGCUGCGGUACGGUGCCCAGACCAACAUCUUGACCAAGCAGGGCGUCACGCCGCUGCACCUGGCCUCCCAGGAAGGCCAUGCCGAAAUGGUGGCCCUGCUGCUGCAGAAGGGGACCCACGUCAAUGUCCCCACCAAGAGUGGCCUCACUUCCCUCCAUCUCGCAGCUCAGGAGGAUAAAGUCAAUGUGGCUGAAAUAUUAGCCAAACAUGGUGCCAACCUGGACCAGCAGACAAAGCUGGGCUACACUCCGCUCAUUGUGGCUUGUCACUACGGCAACGUGAAGAUGGUGAAUUUCCUACUGCAGCACGGCGCCAGCGUCAAUGCCAAAACCAAGAAUGGCUACACCCCGCUGCACCAGGCCGCCCAGCAGGGCAACACCCACAUCAUCAAUGUGCUGCUGCAGCACGGAGCCAAACCCAACGCCGUGACCAUGAACGGAAACACGGCGCUGGCCAUUGCCCGGCGCCUAGGAUACAUCUCUGUGGUGGACACGCUGAAGGUCGUCACCGAGGAGACCGUCACCACCACAACCACCGUGACCGAGAAACACCGGCUGAACGUACCGGAGACCAUGACGGAAGUCUUGGAUGUGUCCGACGAAGAAGUGCUGAGGCAGUCUGAUGAGGAGAUGCUCUCUGAUGACUCUGUGGACCUGGAAGGUGAAGACACCAUGACGGGCGACGGGGGGGAGUACCUGAGGGCGGAGGACCUGCGGGAGCUCGGAGACGACUCGGUCCCUGGACAGUACCUGGAAGGCCUCAACUACUUGCGCUUCAGCCUGGAGGGGGGGCGCUCGGACAGCUCCGACAGGUCACACACCCCCAGCCAUCACGGGUACUACUCCCCCCGACACGGCGCCGUGAUGGAGGACAUCGUAACGUGUCUCGGGAGCCACCAGGUUUCUGCUCUUGCCAGGGAGAACGACAAGGACUCGUACCGCCUGAGCUGGGGCAACGACAACCUGGACAACGUGGCCCUGUCGUCCAGCCCCGUCCACUCCGGCCGCUGCUCUCCGUGCCACGAUCAUGACAGCAGCAGCUUCCUGGUCAGCUUCAUGGUGGACGCGAGGGGUGGAGCCAUGCGGGGCUGUCGCCACAACGGCCUGCGCAUCAUCAUCCCACCCCGGAAGUGCAGCGCUCCCACACGCGUCACGUGCCGCCUGGUCAAGCGCCACCGACUGGCCUCCAUGCCCCCGAUGGUGGAGGGCGAAGGGCUGGCCAGCCGCCUCAUCGAGGUGGGCCCGUCCGGAGCUCAGUUCCUCGGUAAACUGCACCUGCCCACGGCGCCGCCCCCUCUAAACGAGGGCGAAAGUUUGGUUAGCCGAAUUCUCCAGCUCGGGCCUCCUGGAACCAAAUUCCUAGGGCCCGUCAUCGUGGAGAUCCCUCACUUUGCGGCGCUGCGGGGGAAGGAGAGGGAGCUCGUGAUCCUGCGCAGCGAGACGGGCGAGAGCUGGAAGGAGCAUCACUGCGAGCACACUGAGGACGAGCUCAACGAGAUACUCAACGGCAUGGAUGAGGAACUGGACUCUCCCGAGGAGCUGGAGAGAAAGCGUGUGUGCCGCAUCAUCACACGCGACUUCCCACAAUACUUUGCGGUGGUAUCGCGCAUCAAGCAGGACAGCCACCUUAUCGGGCCUGAGGGAGGGGUGCUGAGCAGCACCGUGGUCCCCCAGGUCCAGGCAGUCUUCCCCGAAGGCGCGCUCACCAAGAGAAUCCGCGUUGGCCUGCAGGCCCAGCCAAUGAACGUGGAGGUGGUGAGGAAGAUCUUGGGGAACAAGGCCAACUUCAGCCCCAUUGUCACCCUGGAGCCCCGGAGGAGGAAGUUCCACAAACCCAUCACCAUGACCAUCCCUGUUCCCAAAACCUCAGAUGAUGCCGCAGCCCCUGGGUUCGGGGGCGACACACCAACUCUGAGACUUCUCUGCAGCAUCACGGGUGGAACCACCCCGGCGCAGUGGGAGGACAUUACGGGAACGACGCCACUGGCGUUCAUCAACGACUGUGUGUCCUUCACCACCAAUGUGUCGGCCAGGUUCUGGCUCAUCGAUUGCCGGCAGAUCCAGGAGUCGGUGAAUUUUGCCACGCAGGUGUACCGCGAGGUCAUCUGCGUCCCCUACAUGGCCAAGUUUGUUAUAUUCGCAAAGACGCACGACCCAAUUGAGGCUCGGCUGCGUUGCUUCUGCAUGACUGACGACAAGGUGGACAAGACCCUGGAGCAGCAAGAAAACUUUGUCGAGGUGGCACGCAGCAGGGAUGUGGAGGUGCUGGAAGGAAAACCCAUCUAUGCAGAUUGCUUUGGAAACCUGGUACCGCUGACCAAGAGUGGCCAGCACCACCUCUUCAGCUUCUAUGCCUUCAAGGAGAACAGACUUGCCCUGUUCAUCAAGAUCCGAGACAACACCCAGGAGCCUUGCGGUCGCUUGUCCUUCAUGAAGGAGCCCAGGUCUUACAGAAGCCUGGCACACAGUGCCAUCUGCAACCUAAAUAUUACGCUGCCCGCUUACUCUAAAGAGUCCGAUUCAGACCAGGAUCCGGAGGACGAGACCAGCAGGACACAUGAAAAAUAUGAUGAAGAAACUGAGUCCACAGAAACAUCUGCCCUGAAAACCCACUUGAUCCGAGACUCGCCUGCACUUGCUAGCCCAGACUUACUCUCUGAGGUGUCCGAGAUGAAACAGGACUUGAUGAAAAUGUCAGCCAUCCUGACCACUGACUCCACUGAAAAAUCUAGUCCCAUUGAAGGGAGCAUCCUUGAAAAAGCAGGGGAAGAAGAACCAGGAGAACCUUUUGAGAUUGUGGAGAAGGUCAAAGAGGACCUGGAAAAAGUCAGUGAGAUACUUAGAAGCGGCACAUACACAGGUAAGGUGUCAGAGGUAAACACAGCUGCUGGAAGAGCCGAAAGCCAGUUUGCCAGAAAGGAUGAUGAGUGGGUCUUCCUCAGUGACUGUGAAAUCGAAGAAGCCAAACAAAUGGUUGCCCUUGAAGAACAGGAAAGGUUGCUGCAGGAGGUAAGAAGUGAGGCAGACACACAGCAAAAGACUGUGAAAGUCUUGAGCAGAGACUACAAAGAGUAUCUUCUCGAUGCACCUGCGGCCACUACAGGUUUAGUACAUGGGGAUAAAGGCCAAAAGAAGUUUAGCACAGCUCUCACAAGCAGGGGUGGGAAAAAAAGCACCACUCCAGCACAAGACAAACACACUACCGGUGAAAUCAAAAAGCCAACCAGAAGGAAAUUAAAAGAGUCUCAUCCCAGCGAUUCUGGGUCUGAUGUUGUAAGAAGAAGUUCAGAUGAGCCUCUUCAUCUGAAAGCCCCUCCUGUUCCAGUUCAAGCACCAGUGUCACCAGUGGUGGAAGAAACUCCCAUUGGAUCAAUAAAAGACAAAGUGAAAGCUCUUCAACAAAAAGUUGAAGAAGAACAGAAAGGCCGAAAGCAAACGCCCAGUAAACCUUCUCAGGUUAGCACUAGGAGCAAAGCAUCUCAUGCUACAAAAGAAGCCAUUAAAAUGCAGCCGACACCUUCAAAGUCUCCCAGAUCUGAAACCGAGAGGCUGGAAGAAACUAUGUCUGUGCGGGAGUUAAUGAGAGCCUUCCAAACAGGGCAGGACCCUUCAAAGAGAAAGUCUGGUCUGUUCGAACAUAAAGCGUCCUCAAAAACUGCAAAAUCAAGCACUAAGGUCACGAAAGAAUCCUCUUCCGCUUCAACCAAAGGCAUCACGCAAACUGCAAUGACUCAGGGAAGGGAAGUGUCCCUGAAUGCCGUACAGCUGAGCAAGUCGCAAAAAGAAAGUGACUCUCAAAUAAGCCCAGACAGAAAGCACUCCAAGGAUUUUAGUGCGGAAAUCAAAGCUGAACUUGAAGACAAUGCCGAGUAUCAGCAGUUUAGAAAGGGGAAGGAGGACCUUGCCGCUACAAUUGCAGAUACUGUGUCAGCCUCCCAGCCUGAACUGACUACUGCGGUUCCUCCCGAUGUUGGAAAAGAAGAAGAGUUCCUCCCAGACAGCGUUGUUCAAAAUGGUGCUCUAGAUGAUAGUUCGGACAGCCUCAAACAUGAGGGCGUAGCAGAUUCACCUAGUGUCAGCCUAGGAGAUGGCACCCCUCAAAUGAGUUCUGAGGAAAGUUAUAAACAUGAGGGCUUAGCAGAGACUCCAGAAACAAGUCCUGACAGCUUGCCGUUUUCGCCUAAGAAAACCGACCAACCAAUACUUGAAAGAGCGACGAAAAAUGCAGCUGCCCUGCAGGGAAGCACUUCAAAAGACAAGUCAAAAAGUUCGGUCAAAGAGCCCACCGUUGGAAGCUCUAGAGUUUUGGCUUCUGAUGACCGGGGGACUAAAGGAAAAACUCUCCCUCCAUCCAGCACCGAAGAGGCAGACGGCCUGAGAACAACAGGUGUGCAUGAGAGCUGCGCAGGAACAGAAAAAGAAGCAUGGAAGGGGCCUCACCUUGUCUCAGAACCCUUAUCAAGAGCUGCAGAUGAACAAAUCGCUCAGUCACAUGUAGAAAAAGGCAAAUGUAUCAAAGACAAAGCACUUUCAGGUGACGGCAAAAUGUCACGUGCAAAAUUGACUGUAGGAUCUUCUCAAGGAACUGCAAAUAUAACUGACGAGCAAAAAGAAGAGUGCCUGAGAAAGUCAAGACAAAGAGAAGAAUCAGAGUUGAGAGGAAUAUGCACAGAUGCGCACACUUCACCUGGCAGCACUGUGACAGAAAGCAAUGUAACGGAUGAAGUAAAAGGUGACCAUCUGAAGCAUUCUGUGCCAGCAGAGAUAGAUGAAGGUAAAGAUUCCUGCUCUAGGUUGUCCUUAACUAAAAAUGCCCAGUCAACGGACAUGUUCAAACCAGAAAUCUGCAUUUAUGAUGACACUGAAGAAGAUGGAAAUGAAGAGGAAGAAGAGGCAGAGGGGUCUGCUCCAAAAACCAAGUCCAAGGGUGUCACAGCGAGGACUGAGAAGGAUGCAGACUCCUGGAAUGCCAUACGAGAAGACGACGAUGCUUUUGCAGCCCGUGUGAAGGAAGAAGAGCAGAAGAUUCUAGGUUUGAUGGUAGAUCGACAGUCAGCAGGUGCAACACCAGACACAACCCCUGGUAGAACACCCACAGAGGAAGGAACACCAACCAGCGAACAAAACCCUUUUUUGUUUCAAGAGGGAAAGUUGUUUGAGAUGACCAGAAGUGGUGCCAUUGAUAUGACAAAGAGGAGCUAUGAAGAAGAAGGCUUUGCUUUUUUUCAGAUAGGUGAACAACCCUUAGAGAAAGCUCUUUCUGAUGAGGCUAGAGAAGAACCUCCUGUUUAUGAAGCUGCCGAUGACGAAAAUGUGGCUACUAAUUUAUCUCUGCAAAUAAAGGCUGAAGAAGAUGAUGAAAAAGCUGACGAUGCAGCCGAGCCCAUGAAAUGCACGUCGGCCUCAGGGGAAGAUGAUCAUGCACAAGGUGGGUCUGCAGCAAGCACGAAAUCAGAGACAAAAUCCCGGAUCCCCAUAAAAAUGGGGAUUUCCGCUUCCACUAAGACUGCAAAGAAAGACCCAACAGCAGCGGAAAUGGCAGAGGUCAAACUUGAGAAAAGUGCCAGUGAGAGACCUACUGGAGCAGACCCCAGUGUCCCAGACUCUACAUUGAGUAAUGUUCAGACAGCCUAUUUGACAGUUACAAGAUCAGUUUACUCUGAGCAGGAAGCAGAGUCCUCAGACUCUUCCCCUGAGGAUCAGUCAGUCGUUGAGCUUACAAAAACGGUAUCUAAGUCUGCAGCUCCUCCCAGUGGGGUUCAGAGCUCAAAGAUCCCAGCUAAACCCAUCUCGCCCAUUUCCCACAAAGCAGCACCCUCUCCAUCCUCCGCAUCCAUCUCAUCUGCCACUCAUCACAAGGGCACUCCUUCAGUAACGGAGGAAGCAAAGCCAAAAUCUAGAAUUCCAGUUAAAGCUAGCUUGCUGAAGCCAGAAUCUGCUUCCGAGCCCUUGGUGCGACGCGCGGAGUCUCUCAAGGACAAAAAAUGUAAGUUGCCCGUAAAGAUGGAGCCGAGGAGCAAAUCUGAGACAGACGCGAGUCCCUCCGGGGAUGCCGGAGCAAGAAGGUCUUCCAAAGCCAAGAGCUACUGUGAAGCAGACUCCUCCGGGCAGUCAGUGACAAAGGACACUCUGAGUCGCUCUGAGAGCGCCGAUUCCUCGACCAAACCCAAGACAUUCCACUCCAGGCUUCCUGUUAAGAGUAAGCCUGGACAAACAUUGCAUACAUCCACUGAGGCCAAAGAGAGCAAAGAGCAGUUCUUUGAGAUGUACCGACAUUCCAUUGAGUUCUUUGAGGAAAUCAGUGACGAGGCCACAAAGCUCGUGGAGAGGUUAGCGCAGGCCGAGAGCGAGCAGGAGGGCGCUCUUUCAGAUGACGAGAGCAGCACGUUAGAUGCCUCCGUCAUCGAGAGCGAAACGUUCCCUGAGGUGCAGUUCCCUCCCGCUGAAGACAUCUUUGACGUGAGACCUCACUGGGACGAUUCUGUUGAGACACAGAUGCAGCGAAUGCCCAUCGAAAAUGUCCAAGAGCAAAGUCAAGUAGAUCCGCAGGAGGAUGCAGAGAGGAAGAAGGAAAGGUUGGCCAUUGUUGCCGACCACCUGGGCUUCAGCUGGACAGAGCUGGCACAGGAACUGGAGUUCUCCGAGGACCAGAUCCAUGAGAUCAGAGUGGAGAACCCAAACUCACUGCAGGACCAAAGCCAUGCUUUGCUCAAGUACUGGAUGGAGAGGGAGGGAAAGCAUACCACCGAGACCUCCCUGAUGAAGAGCCUCACCAAGAUCAACCGAAUGGACAUCGUGCAUCUCUUUGAAACAAAAAUGGGCAAGUCCAGUGAGGCGCAAUCUCCGCGGACCUAUGAGGAUAUCGAGAAGACUAUUGCACUGGACCAUAGCGAAGGUUUCUCAGCAUUGCAUGAAGACAUGGAUAGCCCAAGGCCAACGAGGCGGGUGGAGACAGCCGCCCGAGAGCCUGGGUCCAGACAGCCACCCCCUGUUGUGUCAGAGGAGGACCUUUCAGCAAACAUCUCCUCUCUGCACGAGUACGCAUCCCACACAGACGCAGAUGUCCCCGUCGCAGAGCUGCUGAGACACGCCCAGAAGGAGAAGCUGCAGCCUGGCCUGCAGAAGGAGCUGGAGAUGAUGCCGGCUGCUACGGCCAAACCUGCAUCCGCGAAGCCCGGGACGAUGCUGGCGCAGGGAGGUACAACAAAGCAAGCUUCACCAGAGCCAGCCACGGAAAUGCAACCCGGAUCAAGAGCAGCAAAGAAUGCAGUUUUUGACAGGAGUGAAACGACCCCAGGUUUUGAUAGAAUCCAAGGUGAAGCACAAGCUGUCGGUCUUCCCAUUACGGAAACCCUGCCUUUGUCCGAGUAUCGAUCCACGUCCUCACCUGACCCAUCUCAAAGCGUCCUUGAUUUCAGGAGAAUGUCCUCUGAAAUGAAAGCGACAACUUCAGAGCUCUUCAGCUCACGUGAAUGUGUAAGGUCUCCAGUUGAGCAGAGUCAAGUUUCUCCUGAGCUCAGUCCUGUCAUACCUGCACUCUACAGAGGUUCUCCUGAAUUGGCCAGAACAUCAGAUCAGAUACACGAACCACAUGAAAUGACUUCAGGAUCAGGCGUACCACUACCCAAAGGGAGCAGGACUGCUGAAUCCCCAAGGAGACCCCAAUCUUCCGUUCGGUUUGUUCGUUUGGACUCAGUCGAAACGCUGAAGACACACAGAACAGUGACUCUCAAUUUAAGUGGAGCCAUGUUUCCAGUGAGUGCCAAAAAACAGGAUUAUGAAAAAGUGCCAUCUGCGGUGAUUCCGGUUGCCCCCGUGUCACCAACAACUUUUGGAACCACUGAACCUUUAGAAUCUGCUCUGGAGUCGCAUGGAUUUCUGAAAUCGCCUGAUGAACUGACUCUGACAUCUCCAGGAUCCAGUAGCUUCUCUUGUCUGUCCAAGCGUGGCAUUUCAACACAGUCUCAGGAGGACGAUGACCAGCCUCCUUCUGGGUCUUUUCCUCAGUCUGGGAAAGUUCCGUCAGUUACAGCGAAGCACGACCCACCAGUGCUAACAGGUAGAGUUACCGCAGUAAAAUCCCUCUGUCCAGAGUUUAGCCAGGCUGUGCUCUCACAAACAAUACCAGGCUUCCCGGACUUCUCUGAACCCCAACGUGAAGAAACAAAAACCUGUCCAGUCGAGACCCACUAUGUAGAAGAGUCUACAUCCUGCCCGAGCAGCACCGCAUGGGAAACCCUGGGAGGGAUUCCGGUUUUCACCUUCAAAGCCAGGGAGGGUGCCGAUCGCCUGUUCUUCUUGGAAAGCGAGGAUCAUCCCGACUCGCCCAUUGUUUCUGAGCCAGAGGAGGAGUCCUGGCGCCAAGAUGAAGAAGAGCAAGCGCAAGUCCUGGCUUCUGCUGAAGGCACACUGCCUCCUGUAGAGUUUCCAGAAGAGCUUCCUUCACGAGAAGCAGCUAAGUAUGAGGCUGAAGAUGAUUUUCUUGGGACGGACGCAGCGCUGGAGCUGGGGCUGCUUUCGGACAGCUCCGAAGAGGAAGUGGUGACCACCAGGGUGGUCCGGCGCAGAGUAAUAAUCCAGGCAGAUGAUAUGCCAGACAUUCCCCCACAGGGGGUAACCGAGGAGCAGUACAUCGAUGAGCAGGGAAACGUGGUGCUGAAGAAGGUGAGCAGGAAGAUCAUCCGGAAGUACGUGUCAGCGGACGGCGUGGAGCGGGAGGAGGUGACCUCGGAGGGCUCUCAGGAGGACCCGGCGAUCGUGGGCGACGGAGACGGCUUCUCCAAGGUGGUGAAGAGGACGGUGCUGAGGAGCGAGGGAGGCCGUGCAGAGGUGACCUUUCGCGAGCGUUCGCCCUCGACUGCCACGGCUUCCGAGUUCGAGGCGGAACCCGUUCGGGGCCGCAAGGUCAGCCAGGUGGUCAAGACCACAGUGGUGCAGGGCGAAAGGAUGGAAAAGCGGCUGGGAGACCCCCGGCUGGCUGCCGGUCUCCCCUCGGCCAGAGACGACUUCGAACAGGCCUUGAGUUUGGCGGGCGGCUUCGGGAACAUUUACCUCCCGCCUUUAGUAGAAAAGGAGAUUGUAAAGGACGACGGAUCCGUGAUCAGAAGGACAAGGAUGUGUAAGUCGCGCAUGCAGAAGAGGACUGUGGUGAGGGAUGCCCAGGGCAAGAAGCAGGUGCACCUGGAGCAGGUGGACGACCCCCCGGCGGCACCUCGACCCUUCGACCUCCAGCAGCACCUGCAGCAACUGCUCCGCCGCUACUGCGCCGAGGAACAGGAGGACGGCAGGGAGGAGGCAGAGAGCUGAGAGGCCAGAGAGCGACUCGGCACACUCCCCCAGCCCCUGUCGCCGCCCACCUUUACCCUUCCUAUCUCUUCAGCUGUUGUUCUGCCCGUUUUGUGACCAAAGACCGCUUUCUGUCGACAGCCGACUCCGUUUCUAUUGUUCUUUUACACAUUUUUUGUUCUGGUUGCUGUGGUAGAAAAUGAACAUUAUUCCCCCCCCCAAAAAAGCCCUGAAAAUUGUGGAGCCCCACAAUGCCCCUCAUCCACAGCCCUCUUCAACAAGGACUCCUGUGAACACUGUACAUACGAAACACACGUGGACUUCACUGCCUGCUGUUACACGGCACCUGCACACAACGCCAGUCACUGAACCAGCUGUGGGGUCAAAGGUCAAGGCCUUGAUGUCACUCCAGCAGUGCGCUGUGUGUUCUGGCCCAUGGGUGAGCUCUUAAAGCAAAGCGUGCAUGUGUGUGUGUGUGUGUGUGUGUGUGUGUGUAUCCCCUCUGCUGUACACACCCUCAGCAACAUCACGAGCGGUAGCCGCACUGGAACGUCUUCAUGCUGAGCUCUUUACAUCGUCUUCAUCCGCUUCCUGUCCUGAAGUCCGUUUGUGUCUUUUGACUCAUUUUUUAAAUAUUUCUUCAACUCAAACAGGAAACACACGUGAGAACAGCUGUAACACAGAGCACAGCUGGAAUGGCACCCAUGACCACAGUUCAACAUUGGUCACAGUCUCUAGUAAAGCAGUGUAAGAAGAGUGUGAGAUCACGGUGAAGCGUAGGUCUUUACAGGGGCCAAGUUCAGCCCGAGGUCCCAACCUGUCAGUCGGGAAGAGCCAACGAAGGUGUGUGUGUGUGUGUGUGUGUGUGAGAGAGACGGCAGCGCAGCGCACACGGACAUCGGUCACCUACAGUCGCACUCUUCUCCAGCGAGGGACACUCGGCACACGCGUCUCCCUGUCCUCGCAGCGGCUGCUGGACCUGCGGGUCCCGCUCCACGGUCACACCGCACGGCAUCACGAAGGCCCGGCGCCGCACGUUUAACAGCCUCGUAGCGGAAUGUGCCGACGCCUCGUCCUCGUCCCGACGCACCUCGCACCCGACCGCUGCGUCACGCACCUCCGUUCUCAUCCGCCUCUGGAGAGCCAGCGCGGCGUGGCGGUUCGGCGCUCGGCGGCCGGGCCCCGGAGCCCCGGACGGACGGUUCCGUUCCCUCGGUUGCGGACAGAGCGUCUCCUCCGUAUCGAAUUCGCACUCGUAUUCACGCUCGCCGUCUCGCUGCGCGGAGCACAGCGACAGCGAGAGUUACGGUGCGUGAAGCUCCUCCGCUCGUUCCAUCCACUUCCAUCAACCGAGCAGCUCAUUUCACCGCCUUCCGUUUUCAUGUUUUUUUGUUUGGUUCUAAUUAUUUAUCAUCUCAAUCGCUGCUUGCGUUCUCCCACUUUGGAAAAAUAUUUGUGUGCGCGUGUUUGUGUGCGCGCGCGUAUGUUUCCCACAUCUCCAGCUUCCACGGCUGUGAGCUGCAAACCAGGAGGGUGUCGCACGAAGAGGACAGUGGCUGUGCUAUCGGCAGAACAGACGGGCGCUCGCACACUAUCUGUGGUGUCAUUUGCAGUGAAGACUUUAUCUAUAUAACAAUGUUAUGGUUUUUCACAUUACUGUUUACUUUGAGUGUAAUCCAAAAAGCUGAAAAAAGUCACUGAAAAGCAAACCUUUAAGUUGAUGAAUCAGCAUCUUGUUUCCAUGGCGAUAACAAUUAUAUACAUAUAUAAAUAUCUAUGAGGGCAUGUAUUAGUUAUUAAAAGAAAAAAGCAUUAAAACACUAACAAGACAUAGUCGCUCCAGUGUGUACAUGGCUGACUGAAAAUAAACUGUACAAGUGUUAAAUGUA